AUGAAGUUACUAUCACCUUCUUCAUAUUUUUGUUUGACUCUAGUGCUGAUUGGAAUUAUAAGAGCUAUUCAAUUGUUUUAUUCUUCCACAAGAGACUUGAGAAUUGCCAACAAGGAUGAUAAUUGGUAUCAGCAGCCACCAAGUACAGUACCUGCCGAGUUACAGCACGCAGCAUAUAGAAACGCAACAGGAAGAAUGGCUGACCAACCUGAUCAGAUAUUCUACUUUAUCCAAGUAUCAGACUUGCACAUUUCACAGUUUCAGCCUCAAGGACAUACCAUCCAUUUCUUGCACUUUUUACAAUCUGCUUUACCUGCAAUAAACCCUGAAUUCGUCGUUGUCACUGGGGAUUUGACUGAUGCCAAAGAUAAAUCUAGAACUGUAUCAGCACAAUACCCUCAGGAAUGGCAGGUGUACAAGUCUGCAGUUGAGCAAGGUGCCAACGGUACAGCCUGGUAUGAUAUGCGUGGAAAUCAUGAUUGCUUUGAUUUGGUUUCAUGGCAAGCAGAAAACAAUCUCUACAAAGACCAUGGAAAAAGUGCUAAAGAAUUGGAUGACGGUAAAGGUGUCUACAGCUGGCAAGUGUCAAAGACAUUUGGUAACUACCAAUUUGUCGCUGUAGAUUCAUGUCCUCGAAAGGGUCCAUCUCGCCCGUUCAACUUUUUCGGCUAUCUCACCACCAACACCAUGAAUCGCCUGGUAUCCAAAAUCAUGCCGUCCACAUUUAAUCAUACAUUUUUGUUUUCGCAUUACCCUACAACAACCAUGUUCCCCGGUGUAUCGUCAGAAGGAUAUACGUUUAGAGAUUUAGCAGACCAUUUCAGCAUCUACUUUUGUGGCCAUCUGCAUAAGCUGGCUGCUGGACUAGGAGAAGUGCUCAAGACGUACAGAAGAGGAUCUGAUUCUUUGGAGCUGGAAGUAGCAGACAUGAAAGACCACGGCGCCUACCGUAUUGUCGCAGUAGAUCAUGAUUUAAUUUCUUUUGUGGAUGUCGAAUUGCCGAUCGCUCAGAUUCCACCUGUAACCAAUAUUGUGCCAUUGACAGAGGACAACAAAAUAAUCUGGCCUGAAAAGAUUCAUACUGCACCAGUUGUUUUAAUCACAAAUCCCAAGGACUCUCGCUAUACAUUGCCUACCAAAGAGCCUCUUCACGAAUCGCGACUCAGUACGCAUAUCCGUCUAUUGAUCUUUUCAGAAUUUGCACCGGGAAGCCUCAAGAUUCGCACAUUUGUAGACGACAAGCACCAUGCUUACCCAGCAAAGUUCGUUGGUUCCAUUGACCGAGACAACAACAUGCCAUUGUGGGCCAUCUUAUGGGAUCCCAUCGACUUUGACGAUUUCGAAACACACCGUUUGCGCAUUGAAGUGACAGCACCCGAUCAGCAAGUAGGCGUUCAUGAAGUGCCCUUUCGAAUGGACAACAUGAGGGUCAAGAUUCAGGGCGGUGCUGGUGAAUGGAUCAUCUGGGCUCGUAUUUCUUCUUUGGUUCGAUUCCUGUCUAUAUUCGCUGUGAUCGCCAUGCUGAUCACCAUUACUGUGCCCAAAAUCUACAAUGACUACGAAAAGAGCCAACAGAGAGAUGCUAGACACAACCUUCGCAACAAAACCUUGCUUUCCAUCCAUGAAAUCAAUGUUGGUAUCAAUCGUGGCAUUUAUGCUGGUAUCCAAAAGCACAUAUUCGUAUGGGUGCACCGCAUUUUACAGUUCCCCGAGGAGCAGCCUUACGUUUGGUCAUUAUGCUUUGUUUGUCUUUUGGGCCUAUUGACAUUGCCAUGGUUCCGAGCAGCAUUCAUUCCUUCUGGUAAGGAUGAAGGUGAGAGAAUGGGGUUCUUUUAUCUCUGGGGCUUGCUAUUCGAAAAGCAUCAGUGGGUGCCUCUGGAUACGUGGCUGUAUGUUAUCUUUCAAUUGACAUUCAAUGUUGGUAUUUUCAUCUUGUACUUCAUCUGGAAGUCUACCAGCGCUUAUCAAUUAACAUGCAAAGGCAAUGGGCAGCAACAUCCCACUCGUCUUGUAUGUGAGCGAGUAUGGUUUCAGGUGCUCGUCUUGAUGUACUGGCUGUGGCGUGUCCAGGGACUCUGGGAUUUGGCCACGUUUUACGGAGGUGUUUAUCCUACUUUAGUGUUUAAUUUGCUCGUCUGGUGGCUAAUUGGUGUUGCAGCUGUUCUUGUUAUGGGUAAAAAAGGUCUCUAUGAAUCCAUCAAAAACAGGCAUCAAACAUCUGAGCCCGUGGGUGUCCCAUUGGAGAUUUGCCCCAGCUGUGUUGAUGCUGUUGGUGGCGUUGUGCAUGAUGAGGAGCCUAUCAGAGAUCAUUUCUUUGUCAGUACUGCUGGCCAUGACGAGGAACAAGUUCAGCAAGAAUCCAGAGGACUCUUAUUUGAUAGUGAUGGUAGUAGUAGCGAUAGUUCGAAUUCAUCGAGAGCAUUUAGGAGAAAUAUUUCCAACAACAAGAGGGAUUAG